AUGCGCGCACAGAUUUGCAGACGCUUGGGUCACAACUGCCUUGCAAGAACCUACUCAUCUCGCCCUUCGCUAAAUGAAGUGGUCAUCGUCAGCGCAGUGCGCACACCAAUGGGCUCUUUUAAAAGCUCCUUAUCGUCUGUUCCAGCCACCAAACUGGGCUCGGUAGCAAUAAAAGGGGCUAUAGAACGAGCAGGAAUUGCACCAGAAGAAGUAAAGGAAGUCUACCUGGGUAAUGUUCUUCAGGCUGGGGAGGGACAAGCUCCAACAAGACAAGCUCUGCUGGGUGCAGGAUUAACACUUGGCACUCCUGCAACAACCAUCAACAAAGUCUGUGCAUCUGGGAUGAAGUCCAUCAUGAUGGCCGCUCAGAGUCUCAUGUGUGGACACCAGGACGUCAUGGUGGCUGGAGGCAUGGAGAGCAUGUCCAACGUGCCUUAUGUCAUGGCCAGAGAAGCACCUGCCUAUGGAGGAGUGAAGAUGGAAGACCUCAUUGUCAAGGAUGGGCUCACUGAUGUCUACAAUAAGUUUCAUAUGGGAAACUGUGCAGAAAACACAGCCAAGAACUACAACAUCACUAGAGAAGAGCAAGACACCUUUGCGAUUGGCUCCUACAGUCGCAGCAAAGCAGCAUAUGAAUCUGGAAUUCUGGCUAAAGAGAUUGUACCAGUUAGCAUUCCCCAAAGAGGUAAACCUGAUGUUGUUGUGUCUGAGGAUGAAGAAUGGAGGAGAGUGGACUUCAGUAAAGUCCCCAAACUGAAGGCAGUCUUCCUAAAAGAGAAUGGCACAGUCACCGCGGCCAACGCGAGCACGCUGAAUGAUGGCGCUGCUGCUCUGGUGUUGAUGACAUCUGAUGCUGCAAAGAGGCUGAACGUUACGCCUCUUGCUAGAGUUGUGUCUUUUGCUGAUGCCGCAGUAGCUCCCAUUGAUUUCCCAAUUGCUCCUGCCUUUGCUGUACCCAAGGCUCUGGACGCUGCUGGACUGACGAAAGAUGACAUCGCCAUGUGGGAGAUCAAUGAGGCCUUCAGUGUGGUCGUUCUGGCAAACAUUAAGAUGCUGGAUAUUGAUCCUGCAAAAGUGAAUGUCAACGGAGGAGCAGUGUCUCUUGGACACCCCAUUGGAAUGUCUGGUGCAAGGAUCGUUGGCCACAUGGUUCACAACCUGAAGUCUGGACAGUAUGGAUUGGCUGGUAUCUGCAACGGAGGAGGCGGAGCAUCAUCCAUUAUCAUCCAGAAACUGUAG